ACAAUGACGCCUCAAUAUAAGAUAUAAAGUCGGCCCUUCCAGAAUUAAGAAGGGCGAAGGAUUAUAUACCCCCCUCUUAACGAGUCUCCACUCUGGUUAUAUAAACAUCAAUUACAGGAACUAGGAAAACCAAACCCUAACGAGCUGCAAAUGCCAUAAUUGAUCUCUGUUGAAUUUCCUGUCAUUACAAUGGAAGAUGAAGUUAUAUCAUCAAUGGAGAAUGAAGUCGACAGAUUUUCCAGACAGAUUUCCAGUGCCCUAAAUGCUCUCGAAGAUUUUGGAAAAAUGCUGUUGAACAUUGAUCGGGAAAUUUCAGAUCAGGAAGCUCGGAUCAGAUCCAUCCAUACAAUGAACCCUAACACUCAGGCUUUUCCGGCACAAUCUGAAGAAGAAUUGGAGAGAAGACUCCAAAGCGCUCAACAUUUUCGAGAAACAUUGCUGGAAAAGAUUUCAAGGGCAGAAUCAAAACUGGCGGAUGAAUGUGUGGAUUUGAAGCAUUUUCACUGGCGUUUAAGAGAGCCUUUGGAGGCGGCUAUCCAGUUCUUCCAGGUUGUUGAGAACAAUGACCUCUCCAGGUUUCGAUUCAGCGGUACAGAUCAGCCCUAAUUCAUACGGAAGUUUAUUUAUUGUUUAUUAACAGUAGGUUCUUUCUAUUUUCUGGGCGGUUUGUUGACCGUCUAAUUUUGUGUAAUUUGUUUUAUAUAUUGUUUCAAUAUAUAAAAAAAAUGUUUAUAUUGUUUAUAAACAUA